GGUUACAGAUUAUUUUCGUUGACAGCCGUCUGAAUUUUCUUUUGUAGAUUUUUGUGACUUAUAGAAAGUAUAAUUGUGGAUUCCAGGGAAUGUAUCCUCAAGGUUGGGAUGAGGCUUUGGGCCAGGUUUACUUCUCCACGCCCACGAGGCCGAGGGUGGGGGACGCAGGCCCUGCCCUGCCGAUCGCCCGGGCAGCAGCAUCCGGCCCGGCAGGAGAGGCCCGCGGGACAGGAGGUCUGGACCGCCGCCGCGCAAGCGGAAGACAAGACUGAGGCUGGAAGGUGACGAAGCUGGCUGGAGGUCACGCCGCUUGUACUGACGACCUCGGGGUUCAAAGACUCAAGCGCUUCCCGGUAGAGCGAGAGGCCAGGACAUGGCGGCUCCAGGCCGCCCCCGCGACGCAUGCGCAAUACGAGCCCAGCGCUGCCCCCUCCGAGACGCGAGUUGGGCCUGGGGCGCAGGCCGGAGCUUACUCUGUGAAGCUACGUCAAAAUCUUGCGACUUGGAGGCUGUGGAGUUACUCCCCGGAGGUCUCAUGAGCGUGAGGGCCAGAGUAAGGGGCGGGGACAAUGCAGGACCCUCCUGGGAGCCUCAGAAGGACCGAGCGAGCGUAGCUCCCGACGACGCAAAAGGCAGGCCGGGCCGUGCUCAGAACUGUCGUAAAAGGGGGCGUGGCAGGCGCGCUCGGGAUGACGUAAGGAGCGGGGCGCACCGCGCUCAGGACUGAGGAGGGGCGUGCGUGUUGCUGCCGGCAGCGGCUGGCGGGGCUCGGGCACCAUGGAGCGCUACGCGGGCGCCCUGGAGGAGGCGGUGGACGGGGCCCGGCAGCAGGAGCGGCACUACCAGUUGCUGUCGGCGCUGCAGAGCCUGGUCAAGGAGCUGCCCAGCUCCUUCCAGCAGCGCCUGUCCUACACCACGCUCAGCGACCUGGCCCUGGCGCUCCUCGACGGCACGGUGUUCGAGAUCGUGCAGGGACUGCUGGAGAUCCAGCACCUCACCGAGAAGAGCCUGUACAACCAGCGCCUGCGGCUGCAGAACGAGCACCGAGUGCUGAGGCAGGCGCUGCGGCAGAAGCACCAGGAAGCCCAGCAGGCCUGCCGGCCCCACAACUUGCCUGUGCUCCAGGCAGCUCAGCAGCGUGAGCUAGAGGCAGUGGAGCACCGAAUUCGCGAGGAGCAACGGGCGAUGGACCAAAAGAUCGUCCUGGAGCUGGACCGGAAAGUGGCGGACCAGCAGAGCACACUGGAGAAGGCGGGGGUCACCGGCUUCUAUGUGACCACCAACCCACAGGCCCUGAUAUCGGCCUCUGGCCCUUGGGAAAAGGAGGCUUCUGCCUGUAGCCUUUGCCAGGGCAAAAGGGGACCAGUUGUACCUCUGGCCUCUCAGCGGCCCCUCUGCAUCCCAGGAGCUGACGCUGCAGAUGAACCUGUUGGAACUCAUCCGGAAGCUGCAGCAGAGGGGCUGCCAGGCAGGGGGUGCAGCCCUGUGACCAGGUGGGGUCCCUGCAAAUUACCCCACUGCCCAUCAUGGCUGGGAAGACUGCCCUGUCCCGCUGUCACCACAGCCAAUAGCAAGCUGAGUGGAGCUCAUCUUCCUGACAUCUGACCACCACCGCCCCAGCUGCCUGCAGGACGGCUCGCCCUCUGAGGAGAGGCCAGGUGGACCCUGGCUGCACCUGCCACCCAUCUUCGUCUGGGUUUGUUUUGUCCAAAGCUAGCAUGGUGUGUGUGGUAAAGGGCAGAGGGGGCCCAGCCUGCCAGUUGUCUCCCCAGAGCUGGCUGAAGAGUGGGGCUGGAGGUCCUAGCACCUCACUGCACCAGGCACAUCCCGCCCUCUGCCAUGGCCAGGCUUCGUGCUUGUUCUGGUCUCACCCCCUUACCCCCUGACAGAUGCAGCCUCCAAGUGGGAGAGGCUCCAAGGCUGAAGGCCUGUAUGACCCAGAGAAUAAAGACGCCUCAGGAUGGCCUGCA